CAAGGAAUGGCGGAAGUGACGUUAAACGCACUCUACUUUCUGAGAGUGCGAAAGUGAAGAUAGGGAAAGAUGCCGAAAGUUGUUUCUCGUAGUGUUGUUUGCACCGAUACUAAAGAUCAAGAAGAAUAUCAAGGCGAAAAACCUCUUUAUGUAUACUACUGCCUCUGCGGGCAAAUCUCCCUCAUUUUAGAUUGUCCUAUGGACAAGCUUCCAAUGAGAAGGAGGGAUAAUGCCAGAGUGAUCGAUAGCCAGAAACAUGCACAUAAGUUAACUUGUGAUCCUGAUGAUAUUAUUUAUCUCAAAAGACCAGAAGGCAUUGAAAAACAGUAUAGACAGAAAUGUAAAAGAUGUGGGCUCUGGUUAUACUAUCAUCACCAAGGAAACAGCAAGGUGAUGUUUAUUGUGGACGGAGCGCUGAAGAGGGAUGCAAAGAAAACGGAUGUAUACAGUCAAAUUUCUGAACCAAAGAAGGUGACUCUUACCAAACACACAAAGAAUAUGGGCAAAUUCAGCUCUGUGACAGUGUCAACCGUUGAUGAAGAAGAAGAGGAAAUUGAAGCAAAAGAAAUAGCAGAUUCCUAUGCAGCCAACGCCAGAGUGAUUGAGAAACAGCUGAUUAGGAAGGGCAUGACCAAACGCAAGAUGAUGGAAGAGGCUGAGGAAGCAAAGAAGAAACCUAAAGGAACAUUGAUUGAUAAGUGAUGAGAUACGCAAAUGGCCUUCAGUAUCCCUCAAGGGACCAUCUAAUUAAAGACAGAUCGCAUUCAAUAUGCUUCUUACCAGGACCCACUAGGGACCACCAAAUUAAAGACUGACUGCAUUAGGUAUGCUUCUAAUCAGGACCAACCAGGGACUGCCGGAUUAAAUACGGAUUGCAUUCAAUAUGCUAUUACCAGGACCAACCAGGGACCGCUGGAUUAAAGACUAAUUGCAUUCAGUAUUCUUCUAACCAGGACCCCCCCAGGGACCUCCAAAUUGAAGACAGACAAAAUUCAUUAUGUACUGGUUGUUGGGUUUGCAUUUAAAACUUUAGUUCAGUGAGUUCGGCAGAACAGAAAUAAUGGCUUAGCUGUGAGAAACCAGAUAAUUGCUUGUGAAAAUCAAGAUGCACAUAAGAGGAACUCGACUACACUUAUGUUAUGGCUACCGGGCUGUAUGAACAGUGAUAAUAAUAAGACAUUGCAGCUUUUUCCCUGCAGUCUUGUGAACAGGAAGUGGUGGUAGUAUAAAACAGGACUACAUCUUAAGAUUCUAUGGAGGACCAUUUUGGUCAGAAAUUCUACUUUCUUCUGUUAAUGCUGAAUGGCCCUUAAGUGUCUACCUACCUACAUACACAUUAAACAUCUCUUGUAUAAUUUUGUUAUAACAAAGAAGCACAAAUGAUGAAUAAAGAGAAAUUUAAGCUCACCUGACCCAAAACAAACAAAAAUAUGAAAAGGGUGUCCACACAACAUGACUACUGAGUAUGUAAGUGUUUGUAAGGAUGAAAUGGCGGUAUGAACAUAUUUGUAAGUUGAGGCACCUGGUAAGAUUGUUUAGUGGUUGUUGCUUGUAUGCAUUGUAUGUGUGAGAGAUUUUGGUGUCCGAAUAAAGUAAAAACAAUGCUUCAUGAU